AUGCGGAACGAUUCGGUUAACUGUGCGUCGAAGACCACCGAAAACGAGCGCCAGUGGCCAGCCGAAGAAUCACCGAGCCGGUUACGGAUUUGCCGUUUAAUGUAUAAGCCACUACCUCAGGGUAGUCGCAAGUUGGACGUGCGCCGCCAUCCUCGAAACCGUCGUUUGGUGCUGGACAAAAAGCGAAUAAGCAGAACCGCCCAUGCCUCCGUAGCUCGCCGUGCCAUACCGAACUACUUCCAGAAACGCCUGAAGCAGCGCUUCCUGGUCAGGCAGAGUGCCUCCACGCGCAAAAGUGCGUCUCGUGCUGGUGCCAAGCAAGGCGCUCGGAAGGAAGAAGUCCCUUCAUCGCUUUGCAUAUCAUCCGCUGCAUCGGUUAACGGUGAUAACGCGGGGCAUUUGGAUACUGAAGACCAGUUGGAGAGCAAGGAAGUCAAAAACGUUACCACUACUGAGGGUACAACCGCUGAGGAGCCUGACACUGCGGAGAGCACAUCAAGUGAUCCUGCGGCAUCUCCGAAGGCUGUUGCAAUUGACCGAGCGGACGCCCUCAGUACCAUCAAAGAAUACUGGGCCAUACAGAACUCGAUAAGAUUGUUACUGUCGAUGUUGCAGGAACGGAUGGAAGAAGUUGAAUCGAUGCCAAAGAAAGACAGCAUGGCAACAAUGAAGGGAUCGUGGGAGAAGAGCGGUUCUGACACGGACCAUGGUGACAAUUUGGAUGCUGACGUUCAACGAUCAACCGUGGCUAACGGAGAAGUUUCUACAUUUGUAGACAAGGAACAACGUAGCUGUGAUGAAUACUCGUUGCAAAACGGAACCGGAGAUGCUGAACCGAACAAAGAAAAUAAUGUUCCUUCGAAAGGCGAAUCGGAAACGGUGUUCACAUUGAAUCGUGCCAAUUCUACGCCGAUGAAUGAAGAAUCGACCGAGGAAGCGAGGCCGUACAGCUUUUUAGCGACAUCCAAAUCGGACAUACUGGAUCCAACUUACACAUGUGAUAUCGAGCUGGAACCGUUGGAAAACCGCAAACGCUCCAUCGUGGACUCACUGUUGAAUAAGUUUAAUUUGUCACCACCCGCGAAGGUGGUUCCACCCGCAUUCUACGAUAGCAGCUCCCCGGAGAGUAGCGAUGCUAGCGCGCGUCGAAGCUUGCGAGAUCGCACUAAAAUUGCUGCCCGUGCGCGGUACAUCGAAACACCCGAGGAACCGCGCAAAAUGCGUGUCUCCAAGGUGUUUGGCAAGCUGCACAAAACGCUCAACAUUGAUUUAGACUGUGCAAACUCGAACUCGUCCACAGAGUUCUAUGGGUUCGAUGAAGGUGAGGUGGUGAAGCUGGAUAAGCCGAGCCUUCCGGGGCUGUUACCGACGCCAAUUGUUAAAAAAUCGCAACCGUACGCUCCAUUCCUGGCGUACGGUACAAGUAUCGAUAACGAGGACGCCAGUGUUGGCACCGAAACGAGAAGCGAUCUGUUCCGUGAGGAAGGACUGAUAGCGUUCGGAUCCCUACCGCCUCGGCUCGAGUGUCCCCAGCGACCGAACGAUAUGGUGCGACCGAGAACGGUCGCACAAAAGCGCAUCCUUGUGCAGAAGGAGAACGACGUCCGGUAUCUGAUAAUCGACAAUGAGUCGAAGAUAUUUCAGUUCCUGGAAAAGCGUAGCAAAAACAUCGACGCAGAACUUGAUUUCUGUCGCAUGAAAGAGCUUCAGGACCAACAAAUUCCGUUCACUCGGGACACGUGGCGGGCGCUGGCGUGGCUUCGGACGGAAAAAGGGCGCUACUAUUUUCAAUCGGUCACUGUCGACAACCGGACGAUCAAGUUAACCGGAUGCAAGGGAAAUCACAGGCUCCGAAACCUUACAAAAAACGGACUCUAUUCCAGCCCUGUGAUUGCUUCCCGAGGUCACCGGUAUCACUAUGUAAGCAACUGCCGUUGUCCGGAGUAUCCCGAAGGAGUGGCAUUAAAUUUGUCGCACGGCGUCACGGCGCCGCAAACGCUGGAUCUCAACAACCGCAACCAACCGACCAAGGGGUCGGUCGAUAACAAGCAGGAUCUCAAUAGUAGCUGGUCCAUAAACGAUUACCGAAGACAGCCUUAUUUUCCCGGUACAAAGCCUGGUCCGUUGUCGUCGAAAAAAAUUAAAUUUUCACCCGAUGACGAUCCGUGUUUGGGGCCGCUGGAAGUUUUCCACAUGCCACCUGUGGAGCUGGAAGUAUUUCCAAAAAUCAACCGCCCACUCGAUGGACACGUAAAGCCCUAUUUGAAGUUAAUUCUCCCUCACGACGGUAUCACCGAAAACUGGGCCCGCUUUGCCGUAUCUACUCUGAGCGCCCCGAAAGACGAGGUGGACAGCGAGAAUGAAACUACGGCAUCAGAGCGAACUGGAGAACGGUCAUUCGUUUUUCAGUUACCGUACGAGAACAACCAGCGCCGGUUGUUGAUUAGACGUCGGCUUACGGCUCGUCCUGGAUCCGCGGCAACUACGGUGGAUAUCGACGUGGCCCGGUUCGAGAAGCUGAUGGAAGAAAAGAUGACCUUCCGGGAGAAGAUUGACCGCGCGCUAGCCCACGGAUCAACCGACGAGUACGAUAAGGAUGAGCUUAUUUGUGCGGAUGUCAUUAGCGACCUCACGAAUUCUGUGGCUAUAGCGCUGGCAGAGGAUGUGUUCGUAGCGGACGAUCCGGAUAUUGACUACAGCAAACAGGAUGAAAAGUGUCGUCCCUACCCAGAAAAGAUAACCUUACCGUUGAAGAUAGAAACGUCUGCUCCGGGUUCUCGUGCGUCAUCUGCCGCACCAUCACCUGCACUUGCCGUUCCUACUAAUGUCCCUACGACAGACUCGGGAUCUGCCACCGCUGGAACUCACUCAGAGCCUGGGAAAAUGAAUGCACCCGUUAAUUCAAAGCUGCUCCGAGAGAUGAAGCGCUUGAAUGCGACAAUCAUCGAAGGACCUAGCCAGCCGCCGGUGAGUCCUGUCGAGGUCUGCCGAGAGCAGCGUUGCGAUCCACAGUAUUGUGCUCGUGGUUGCGUCUGUGACGUGAUGUACGGUUCACAGGCGUUGUCCUUGGCAUGUGCCUCGCGUAUAAAGCACUGCCGGCAGAGCGACUGCUUGUUUGGGUGCCAGUGUGGAUACGAGCAGAGGGCAGCCAACCAUACGGAGGAAGUCCAGAUGAGCAACGCCGAAGAGCUACGGGGUGGCAAUAAAGCCGCAUUAUCCAGCGCGGACGUAAAGUACCUGCGAGAAAAGGCCACGGCCCGGUUGGCCAAGGAAGAGCGUGAGUUCACGCCCACCGUCAUACUGACCAAGAACACGACGGUGCUGGUGCGCAACACGGAAUCUGAGACACGCCGGCAAACGAAGAAACCCAAAAAAUAUGACGACUACUAUAACGAUGUGAGCAUGCAGAGCUUCCUGAACGGUGGUAGCGUGCACGUGCCAUCGGAUUACAUCAGCAAACCUCCAGCGAACGCUAAACCGUUGACUCCUGCUGAACGAAUUCGACACGCUCACGUAGUGCUGAACAAACUCCCACUGGGUGAUCUCGAACCGCUGUGCAUGGUGCACGAUCUGUACCGGUGCUACUGUGGCGGAAAAGCGACCCAAGGCAAACCAUUUUCAUUCACGGAGGAAAACUGUAUUUCGAUCUCGUCAAAGAUGCUGCCGGCAACCUCUAACUCGCUCAAUUCGUCGGCACCAUCGGCGAGCGCUGCCAACAGUCCGUCAAGUGGUCGAAUGAUGAAAACCAAUAGCACUGGGACAAACUGGCCGUCUAAAAACUUGGGUGAUGGUGUAGUUGCAAAAACGAACAUCGAAACAACGCUCCCCGUACCGGGUGCUGCUUCUAUCCGGAAGCGGCUCUAUUCCUUCGAAAAGAUUUAUAACGACACCUUCGACAAUGUUAGCAGUGAUAGCGGGCAAGCCGCGAACCGCUCGUCUAGAGAGUCAUCACAAAACGUGUCCCACAGGAGGCAGCGAGAUAGUUCUGAGGAGUCCUACAAGCCACCGUCAGAGCGAAGGGCAGCGAAAAAGAAACCAGUGGGCGAAACCAAGGCUGCUGCGCCGGGUGUUGCACCUAUACGCGGUCGCCGUGCGUCGGUUGCUCCCGUUGCCGUGACUAUUGCCGCUCGUAGGGCAUCGGUGGCUCCUGGAGUCACACAAAUUCAUGCUCGUCGUGCAUCCGUUGCCCCUGGUGGUGCUCCGAUUCAUGCUCGUCGUGCAUCCGUUGCCCCUGGAAUCAGCAACAUCAUUAUUAAGCGCAUAUCAGGCCAACCUUCCGUUCGGGAACAACCUACGCAAGAUACCGCUCCGAAGGUGGCGAAAAAGCAAACGAUGCCCGAUACCGCCAAAGUGGGGUUAGAUCAGAAAGCUAGUAAACCUGAUAGCUCUCCUGCAUCAUCGGAGCAACGAACAACCAUGUCCGUGCGGGAGCUUAAACAGCUGAUUGUGAAUGAGCACAAAAAUGUGCCGUCAACUAUGCACGGCGAUGAUGCAUCGCAACGUAUCGUUAACAUCGCGCUAGUCGACACGGAGGAAAAUAUCGACAACGAGCCGCAGCUUAAUAUUUUGACGGAGGGUACCAAAAAGUUGGUUAUCAACGGCAACCGUAGAUCGUUUGUCGAGAACACAGAGUUCCGGGAAGACAUACCACCCGGCUGGUCUAUACCCUUCAGCAACCGGACGGUAUACGUAGUGGAAAUACCAGGCGUAAACCUUGCCACAAAAACCGUGGUCAGUGACGUAACGCUGCAAAAGAACAAGAAGCCAGCGAGCAAGGCACUUCCGGUAGUUCCUUCGCCUAGCAGCAGCGCCGGAACCAGUGCUCCAUUGUCACAAAAUGUGGUGAAUCCGCCACCGGUUGUGCCAAUUUCUGCUGUGCAAGCUACGGAAAAAAAGCCAGCUAUCAUCAUGCGGUCGGUGUAUGAUGUGGUACAGCAAACAGAUCGGCAGCUAGUGUCUCUAAUGCGCCACAUCAACGAGCUAAUGCGACGCAAAACACUUAGCAUAAAUCCACCCAAGAAGGGUAUUAUGCACAUUUGUCGCUGGGGGUUGCUGUUGAGAGCUUUCGCUCUCGGUGACAUCGACGUGCUGGAUUUGGUGCUGACGAAUGGGCUCGAGCUAACAAUUGUUACGACGAAACCGUUUCAACCUUUGACGAUUCCGAACGUAAAAACCAAAAUUAGUGCCCGCGAAUCAACCAUCGACCACAUGGUCUCGACCGUGCGACCAUCGCUGCUGAUGAAAAUGAUGGUCUGCCAGGUGGAGAACGUAAAAACGAACGAACUGGCACUGGUGCUGUACGGUAGCGAGCAGUUUUGGCAUUUUUGUGGAUUUAUCAAAGCAAGUGAAAAAUUGUACGGUAACGACGCGAACGUUGUGACCACACCGUCGGUUAAAUCCAAUCAGCGGAUAAAGGCGCGCUUGAAGGAAUACUACCGCAAAACGUGCGCCACCAUAAAUACAGCCGGCAGAAGCGCCAUCAGCAAAACGACACCUGUACCACGGCAGGGAGCGGCUGAGCAACAGCGCAGCGACACGUCCACUAUUUCACCCAGCACCCAGUCAAACAUCGAAAUUGUGCGUAAGGGCAUGCAAAGCUUCAACUUCCCGAUCGAGAAUCUGCUGCGAUGUGAACCGAGCCUCGCGGAGAUGGCCAACGAAGGUUGCCGCUGGAUGCGGCUCAAAGUGGAGAACGACUUCAGCCACAUGUACCUGCCGAGCUGGCAGUGCUGCGUUACGUCCGGGCGCAUUAAGAAAACGAUUUCGGAUGCGAACCGCACAGGACAGCCGGUACGUUUGCAGCCGCCUACGCCGCUAGACGAGCAGGAGACACCGAUCCUGCCGCUGGUGUACGCCCUGCCAAAGGAAGGCCAUUCACUGUUCAUUGGUCCGUACAGUUGUGCGACGGAAAAGAUCGACAUCAUCCUUUGUCAGAGCGUGCAGGGUAAGAUGUACGAGCGGGAGGUGUACGAGCGCCUGAACGGCAUCACGGCAACCAUCACUAAACGAACGAACGGGUGGUGGGUCGACGUGACCGGGUUACAACCCAACGCCUGGCAUCUGAAGGUUCCGCUGACAGAAUUUCCACAGCUCUCGCACGCAAAUGCCCAGCGAGUAGGUCCAGCAAUCGUCACGUCCACUGUACAGCGCUCGUUGCUUAAACGAAACAACAUUUUGCCCACAUCAACGGCCACUACAGCAGCUCAGAGUGUGACAGCGGCUAAUCCUGGAUACGUUCAGGAAGUUUCGGAUGAGAAGCACCACGUGCAGCACAAAGGCAAAGAGUCGUCGACGGCUAGUCUGUUACAUACCAGCAACGGUGAGACUAACGUAGAUUUAGUCAACACACUUGCAAAGGAGGUUAAGGAACUGCCGACCGACGUACAAAACGGUGAAGUCGAUUUGUACCAGCUGAUCCAGGGUACGAUGAGGCAGAACCAGCAGAAAAAGCGUGAAAUUGAAAGUAUGCUGCAGAAGCAAAACAAUUUCACGAAAUUCACCAAUACGGACGAUGGUUCUGAGUGGAACGAGCUUCAGCGAAAAAGAAAAUCAACCGAGACGGCGGUGAAGUCAACUGUGGGUAAAAUUGCUCGGUUCUCGGACACAGUCACUAUCGAGAUGGUUAAACAGGCCCCUCCUAAACAGAUCAAACUAACCAACGGAACGGAAACCAGUAACUACAGCAUCGAGAAGAAACCGUCUCCUCCCAAAGCGUGUUCAAGCGGGAUUAAGCCUCCGAACGCUGUGUUGAAAACCGUCGAUAAGGCUGUUCCAGCGACUACUGCAGUGUGCGGUGUAGCGAAACCAAACUCGGUCACACGGUUGGUCAACCCAGCAGCCAAGAUGAUCGGGGAGAAAGUUAUACCCAUGGCGAGCGUGAACCCAAGGAGACGAUUAAAUUCCAUCGCCGUGGAACGCCAUUCGCUGCCAUUAGCUUCAGUCAGCAGUGCUGUGAAGGGAACCGAUGAGAAGGUAGCACAUAAGGCAGGUGUGCAACCAAGGAGACGGUUAAAAUCCGUCGCUGUGGAACGUCACUCGUUGCCACUCGCUUCACCAACAGUCAGUACAGACGAGGUGGUGUGUCUGGAUGAUGACGACGACGAGAACGAACCCACCAGCAGUGGCGAACCUCAACCACCUUCCUCGUCCGAUGCACCUGCCAUUGCACACCUUCUCUAUAAGCAGAACACGGUGCUUACUCAGGAACAAGCCUCCAUCUUAGCCACCCGGCUGGAUCUCACCAAAACGGGUCAACAGAACGGUUACAGCUUUAAUCGGACCACUGGUCUGCUUAAGCUGAAGCGCUCGCUAGCAAAUUCGCUGGGUGUGAACGUGGAGUUUGCAAGCAACGCGGACGAAAUUUCGCUCUCUACUGUAGAGGCUACUCCACCACCCGCUGUAGCAGCCACACCGUCGGCAAACAUUACACUACCUCGGAUGAAAGUGGUACCACGGAACGUCCCGAGCACGGUGGUUAAAGGAGAGCACGCUUCUUCUACUGCGCAACCGAAUGGAACCGGCGUCGCAAACGGUUCAACGGAAGCGGCAGGGCCAGACUCCAUCACGCAGCUGUUCAACUACCUGUCAGAUACCCAGGCAGAGCAGUUGCUCAAGCAACCGCACACGAAAGGUGUGCUUGAGUCGAAAAUUCCCGGGCUUGGGCUUGUUGAGGUUAUGCGGUUAGACCGGCAAGUCAUCAUCCUCAUGAGGGAGCUCACAGUGAAAAAGCAGCUAGUGAGCGUUAAGAAUCUCGAAGAUGCCGUCACGCUGUUGAACCAGUUCAUCCAGCGAAAUACGUACACGUUCAAACCUUUCAAUCUAGUCAUCAAAUGGGUGUUUAGGGAGCGGUCGACUCCGUUGACUAGCGAGGAAAAACUUACCAAAAAAAUCAACCAUUAUUCGGUUGUCACGCGGUACGGUAUUAUCAACUUAUCCAAAGCGGACGAUUUGCAGCAAAUAGAGGAAACACUACCGGCUUUGUACGAGGAGUUGAUGAAGGUGAAACUUGCCAUGCUGUGCUUCAACAAGCAGCGCUUCGAUGCAGAAAAAAUCUACGAAAAUGAUGACAUGAUCUACAAUCGGUGCACGGAUAUUAUUGAUGAGUUACAGAAGGAGAGCAAAUGGCUUCAGCAGCAACAAAAGAGCCACGUACUGUUACUGAAACGCAAUAAGGAACGAUUGAAGCAACUGAAGCCAUCUACGCAGACUGAUGAGAGUGCUGCUUCUGCCACAAAGAUUCAGGAAACGGUGAUCAUCAUCGACGAUGAUUAGAGGAGAACGAGGAGUUGCAUUUCGGCAGCUGUGAUCAUUUUUCAAUCGUCGAGCUUGUCGCGGCAGAUAUUUUAUGUUCAUUACUGAGCUUGUGUGUAUUUUUAUCGUCCUUCGGUAGAAAGUCCAGAAAGAUUCGACUUUAGCAAUGUCCUUCGCCGCGAACGAAGGUCGAUACGCAUUACACUGGAAUGCACGAAGAAUUAGCGGGUAGUUCUUUGAUUUUUCUUCUUUUAUUUUCUAUUAGAAUAAUUACCAGACAAUUCAGUUUCAAAGUUCAUGCGUUUGAGAAUUUUACGUGGCAUUUAAAUGAGCACAGAAAAUCCUUUUUAAUGCUCUUCAAAUCUGUAAAUGAUGUUCUCUUUAAGAUAGCAAACGAAACUAAAAUUGCGUAGUUGAUGCUUGUUUAGCAAUUUGGUUUAAAUGCGACCAGACGGAAUAAUUGACUUCAUUCAAAAGGACGGCGGAAUGUUGGUAUUCAAGGAUAUGUGAAAUA